AAAUGAUUUAAAAACAUGUUUCAACAGAUAGAGAAAGAAAGAUCUUCUAUCUCCCAUAUUUGGUUACAGAUAGUGAUAUUAUCGAUCUUUCUUUUACAGAACUUGUCCAGACGCAUUUCAAAUCCUUACCUGGAAAAUCCUUCAAGCAAGAUUUAUGGAGAGAGUUCAUCCUGUGCUGGGAGAGCUCUCAGGAAUAUUUUUACAGUUCAAGCUUCUGAGCUGAUUAAAGACAGAGUGUGCCUUACAGGAAUUUGCAGGAGUAGCUGUGUUGGAUCAGAACUGGUAGACUGGCUGUUGGAGCACUGUCCUUUUGUUAAGUGCAGAUCUACAGCAGUUGGUGUAUGGCAGCUCCUACUGGAUAUGGGAAUUGUGUUAUCAGUGGACAGGCAACUCUGUUUUCAAGACACUCAUGUUUUCUACCAAUUCUCAGCUGAUGAAUGUACUUACCUUUUCUGUGAAUUCGAAAAAGAUGAAGGAUGGCAAAAUGGUGUAAAACGUUUACUGCAGCUUGUGCCUCUAUCUUCAACCAGAACUUCUAUAUGCAAUCUGCCUGGUCAAAAAAUCGAAGACACAGCAGAGACUGAUGCUGAAAUUCUUGCUCGCCUCACAUCUGCGGUACAGAAAGAACUGGCUGCUGUCAUUGCUCUGAAAGCAAGAAAGUCAGUUCAUCAAAAUGAAGAAAACAGCAACCAGGAAACAAAAGAGCCAAAAGACUUCAAAUAUGCUACUGAUGAACAGGCAGGGGUUUUGUGCAAGCUUCAGGAAAGAGAUGACAUUGGACGGAUUGAACUAGUCCAGAGGCUGGCAAGGGAAAACUGUCAAUUUUUGCAGGCAGAAAGAAAAGAACCAGAAAAGACGGAACAACAGAAUGAUGAAGUGUCUACUAUUCAAGUGAAGGAACAAGACCAAGAUGUUCUGGUGCUUAGGAAAGUGUCGUCACAUAGCCCAACCCCCACAUCAGGGAGUGCCGAGAAUGAUUGGAGAUAUAUGGUGGUAUCAGGGACUCCAGAGAAGAUUUUGGAGCACCUUCUGAAUGACUUGCACCUAGAAACAGUCCAAGACAAAGAGACAGAUACCCUCCUUGAUGACUUCCUUCUCACGUACACGGUCUUCAUGACAACUGAUGACCUGUGCCAAGCAUUGCUGAGGCACUAUUGUGCUAAAAAUGAUCAAGGCAAGGAAGAAAAUUCAGAUGUUCCCUGUAGAAAACGAAAAGUCUUGCAUCUGGUAUCUCAGUGGACUUCUCUCUACAAAGACUGGUCACAUGAAGAUGAACAUUUAAAGCAAUUUUUAAAGACAAUAUACAGAAAUGUGUUAGAUGAUGUAUAUGAAUAUCCCAUACUUGAGAAGGAAUUAAAAGACUUUCAAAAGAUACUUGGAAUGCAUCGUCGUCACACCGUGGAUGAAUAUUCACCUCACAGAAAGAAUAAAGCCUUUUUCCACCAAUUCAGUCUGAAGGAGAACUGGCUCCAGCACAAAGGAAUCAUGAAUGAUACAGAGGAAAUUUUCUGCCGUGUGUAUAUAACAGAACAUUCGUAUGUCAGCAUAAAAACUAAAGUAUCCACGUCAGUUCAGGAGAUCCUGAAAAUUGUAGCAGAAAAAAUCCAGCAUGCAGAGGAGGACCUGACUCUGGUUACUGUCACAUUCUCUGGAGAAAAACACGAACUACAAUCAAAUGACCUGGCUUUCUCAAAAUCUCUUGAAGCAACCAGUCGUAUGUUUGUCUACAGAAAAGAUCUGACUGAUACUUUGAAUCCAUAUGCCGAAAAUGAAGAAUCACUACAAAGGGCUGUGAGAAUUUUGGGAAUUAAUACAUGGGAUCUUGCCUUAGAAUUAACAAACUUUGAUUGGAGUCUCUUCAAUUCAAUUCAUGAGCAAGAGCUAAUAUACUUCACCUUCAGCAGACAGAGCAGUGGUGAAAACACUGUAAAUCUUAGUCUUCUUCUUCAAAGAUGCAAUGAAGUGCAGCUCUGGGUGGCCACAGAGAUACUCCUUUGCAGCCAGCUCUGUAAACGUGUACAGCUAGUGAAAAAAUUCAUCAAGAUUGCUGCCCACUGUAAAGCCCAAAGAAAUCUGAACUCGUUUUUUGCCAUUGUUAUGGGUCUCAACACUGCAUCUGUCAGCCGGCUGUCUCAAACCUGGGAGAAAAUCCCUGGGAAGUUUAAGAAACUCUUCACUGAACUUGAAAGUUUGACAGACCCUUCUCUGAAUCACAAAGCCUAUAGAGAUGCAUUCAAGAAAAUGAAGUCUCCGAAAAUUCCUUUCAUGCCCUUACUUCUGAAAGAUGUAACGUUCAUCCAUGAAGGAAAUAAAACUUUUCUGGAUAACCUUGUUAAUUUUGAAAAGCUGCACAUGAUUGCUGAUACUGUCCGAUCACUGAGACAUUGCAGGAAUAACCAAAGUGGCAGUGAAGUUCCUCCAAAAGAGAAUCAAGAGCUGAAACCACAUGUCUAUCACCUGCACGUCAUUGACAACCAGCAAAUGCUGUUUGAGCUUUCUCACCGGAUAGAGCCUCGAGCGUGAACGCCCAGAGCUUCAUGUAACUUUGAAACUGCAACACUUUUAAUUAAGUGAAUGUUUAUGCCAAGCAUGUUGCUUCCCUAUAUGAGAACAGUUUACUGAGUUUUAUCAGUAGUCACACACACACACACACACACACACACACACACACACACACACACACACAAAAUCAAGCAAAGCAAGAAAAGGAGCUGUUUACAGCAUUUCAGGGCAAGGAUAGUAUCAUUUCCAUUGAUCAUCAGAAAAUGAAGGAGAGGAGCAGCAUUUUUUAAGCUAAAAAGCUUGGUUUAUGUGAACAUCUUAGUGCUCCAGUGUAGCUUUCAAUCCAGACUCUGCCAGUAUUAGAAGGAAAGGAAGCAUCAUGUCACCAUAACAAAACAUACCAGCAAGCAACAGGAUGUGACAUGGGGGUUCACAAUUCACCAUACAAUAUGUACCUCACUAAUCUGAGGCUGCCAAAGUAUUGAUUGUUGCCAAAAAACAAAAAACCAGAAACUGUGCAACCCACAUUAACGCUCUGACUCCAGGGGAGUGUCUUAUGGGAGAAAACAGCAAAUGUCUCAGAAUAGAAAGAUAAAAAUUAAAGACAGUGUUGCGUGUUAAUGCAGUUGUGUGUCCUGACUGGUGGUCAAGCCAACAGUAGUUGAUACUUGAAAUGCUCCUAAUUUCACUUCCUCUUAAGAAAUUGAUUCAUAGCAGGCAGUAAAAAGAUCAGUCUAAUCCUGACUCAGAUUAUGGAAACAAAUACACAUUUCUUCUUUUGCGAGACUGAAAGGAUAGACUGCAAUUCAGUGAGAGUUGUUUUUUGCCUACCUAAAAUGUACAGGUUAAAAACCUCUAUUAUGUACUCCCCCUCCAGUUAGCCUAGCUUUGUCACUAACUUCUGCAGUUCAUAUGCUAUUGGUUAUAAAAAAGGGAGUUCAGUGCUUUACUUCUUGGACUAUAGUCUCCUGCUCACCUACUGAAAGGUCAUCCUACUACUUUAAAAAAGAACAGCAAAUAUCCUGUUGUAGAAAGUGAAAACUAACUUGCUGAGCAUAUGCUUUUAGUAUUGAGAAAAAUUUUUAGCAUAAUUCAUGUAUUACAGGUUCUCAUUACCCACAUGUAUGAAACCUGAAUAAGCUUUCUACAUUAUUUCCUUCUAAUACUUCUCUUCUACCACCCCUCCCCAAUUUUCAUUUGUACAAAUCAAGUUGAUACUCAUUGGCAUUAAGGAGUAUGUUUCUAAAGUCACGUUCAUGAUGUAUACAUGUCUGCAGAACCCCUUCAUCAUAAUGUUGUUUUUCAGGGUUAAGGAAAACCCUGAAAUAAUCUAGUAUAUGCUAUAUCUGAUGUAAUGUGCUUCAUGGUAAAUAAAAUUUAUUAUAAUGGGCCUUAUAAAAAAAGCUUCUUUGCAAUGACAGUGAAGGCGCCUGCCUGUAUAUGUGUUUAACACACAAGAAAGACUUCCAUGAAAAUGCUCCUUUGUUGCCAUUUGGGUCCACCAGAGUGACUGAAAUAGCAUGUUCUUCAUCAUAUUGUGAUCUGUGAUUUAAAGGGAUGGAAAAAAGAAGUUUUAACAAGUAGUUUCAGAAGUUGGGAGGGAGGGGGAAUCCAACAAAUGUAUUCAGUUUUCCCCAUCUGUGAAACAUUGUACAGUAAUGUAAAGGAAACAAAUGUUUCAGAAAUGUAUUUGCUUGUACUUUGGUAUUAUCAAAUACAAUAUGAAUUUUCUUUUUUAAAAAGAAAUCUUUUUACUCAGUAAAAAGAAGAAAAAUAAACUCUUGCUGGCCAUGGAGUAAAAAAUUCCUAUGUUCUGCUGUAGAUUGCGUGCACGUAUUGUAAAUAUCUGUUUUGUGCAAACUGACCAAAACUGUUCAAGUCAGGACACUAGCUGUAGUGAACUAAUUUUUACAGUAUAAAAACAUAAAUCACAAA